AUGAGGAAAGGUCUGCGGGCGACAGCGGCCCGCUGCGGACUGGGACUGGGAUACGUGCUGCAGAUGCUCGUGCUACCUGCCCUGGCCCUGCUCAGCGCCAGCGGCACCGGCUCGGCCGCCCAAGAUGAUGACUUUUUUCAUGAACUCCCAGAAACCUUUCCAUCUGACCCACCUGAACCUCUGCCACAUUUCCUUAUUGAACCUGAAGAAGCUUAUAUUGUGAAGAAUAAGCCUGUGAACCUGUAUUGUAAAGCCAGCCCUGCCACCCAGAUCUACUUCAAGUGCAAUAGUGAAUGGGUUCAUCAGAAGGACCACAUAGUAGAUGAGAGAGUAGAUGAAACUUCUGGUCUCAUUGUCCGGGAAGUGAGCAUUGAGAUUUCACGCCAGCAAGUGGAAGAACUCUUUGGGCCUGAAGAUUACUGGUGCCAAUGUGUGGCCUGGAGCUCGGCAGGCACCACCAAGAGCCGGAAAGCCUACGUGCGCAUCGCAUAUCUACGAAAAACAUUUGAGCAGGAACCUCUGGGAAAGGAAGUCUCCUUGGAACAGGAAGUCUUGCUGCAGUGCCGACCACCUGAAGGGAUCCCAGUGGCUGAGGUGGAAUGGUUGAAAAAUGAAGACAUCAUCGAUCCUGUGGAAGACCGGAAUUUUUAUAUUACUAUUGAUCACAACCUCAUCAUCAAGCAGGCCCGCCUCUCAGAUACCGCCAACUAUACUUGUGUUGCCAAAAACAUUGUCGCCAAGAGGAAAAGCACGACCGCAACUGUCAUAGUCUAUGUAAAUGGUGGCUGGUCCACUUGGACAGAGUGGUCUGUGUGUAAUAGCCGUUGCGGACGGGGAUAUCAGAAGCGUACAAGGACCUGCACCAACCCAGCUCCGCUCAAUGGUGGUGCCUUCUGUGAAGGGCAGAGUGUACAAAAAAUAGCCUGUACCACGUUAUGCCCAGUGGACGGCAGGUGGACCUCCUGGAGCAAGUGGUCCACCUGUGGGACCGAGUGCACUCACUGGCGCCGGAGGGAGUGCACGGCCCCCGCCCCCAAGAAUGGAGGCAAGGACUGCGACGGCCUGGUCUUGCAGUCCAAGAACUGCACGGACGGGCUGUGCAUGCAGAGUUUCAUUUAUCCUAUUUCAACUGAGCAGAGAACCCAGAAUGAAUAUGGAUUUUCUUCUGCUCCUGAUUCAGAUGAUGUCGCUCUGUAUGUUGGCAUUGUGAUAGCUGUGAUAGUUUGCCUGGCCAUUUCUGUAGUUGUGGCCCUCUUUGUGUAUAGGAAGAAUCAUCGUGACUUUGAGUCUGAUAUCAUUGACUCUUCCGCACUCAAUGGAGGCUUUCAGCCUGUGAACAUCAAGGCAGCAAGACAAGAUCUCCUGGCAGUACCCCCAGACCUCACAUCAGCCGCGGCUAUGUACAGAGGACCUGUUUAUGCCUUGCAUGAUGUCUCAGACAAAAUCCCAAUGACCAACUCUCCAAUUCUGGAUCCACUGCCUAACCUGAAGAUCAAAGUGUACAAUACCUCAGGUGCUGUCACGCCCCAAGAUGACCUCUCUGAGUUUGCAUCAAAACUGUCCCCUCAGAUGACCCAAUCCUUGUUGGAAAAUGAGGCUCUCAACCUGAAGAAUCAGAGUCUAGCACGGCAGACAGACCCCUCCUGCACUGCGUUUGGCACCUUCAACUCCCUUGGGGGUCACCUUAUUAUCCCCAACUCAGGAGUAAGUUUGCUGAUCCCCGCUGGGGCCAUUCCCCAAGGGAGAGUCUACGAAAUGUAUGUGACUGUACACAGGAAAGAAAAUAUGAGGCCGCCCAUGGAGGACUCUCAGACUCUCUUGACCCCUGUGGUGAGCUGUGGGCCCCCAGGAGCCCUGCUGACCCGGCCCGUCAUCCUCACUAUGCAUCACUGUGCAGAUCCCAGCACCGAGGACUGGAAGAUCCAGCUCAAGAACCAGGCAGCGCAGGGCCAGUGGGAGGACGUGGUGGUGGUGGGCGAGGAAAACUUCACCACCCCGUGCUACAUUCAGCUGGACGCGGAGGCCUGCCACCUCCUCUCCGAGAACCUCGGCACCUACGCCCUGGUCGGGCAGUCCACCACCAAAGCAGCCGCCAAGCGCCUGAAGCUGGCCCUCUUCGGGCCGCUCUGCUGCUCCUCGCUGGAGUACAGCCUCCGAGUGUACUGUCUGGACGACACUCAGGACGCCCUGAAGGAAGUUUUGCAGCUUGAGCGACAGAUGGGAGGACAGCUCCUAGAAGAACCUAAGGCUCUUCACUUUAAAGGCAGCACCCACAACCUGCGCCUAUCCAUUCACGAUAUUGCCCAUUCCCUCUGGAAGAGCAAGUUACUGGCCAAAUAUCAGGAAAUUCCUUUCUACCAUAUCUGGAGUGGGUCUCAGAGAAACCUCCACUGCACGUUCACUCUGGAGAGAUUCAGCCUGAACACAGUGGAGCUGGUCUGCAAACUGUGUGUGCGGCAAGUGGAGGGAGAAGGGCAGAUCUUCCAGCUGAACUGCACCGUGUCUGAGGAACCUACUGGCAUGGAUCUGCCUCUUCUGGAUCCAGCGAGCACCAUCACCACGAUGACAGGCCCCAGUGCUUUCAGCAUUCCGCCCCCGAUCCGGCAGAAGCUCUGUAGCAGCCUGGAUGCCCCGCAGACAAGAGGUCACGACUGGAGGAUGCUGGCACAUAAGCUCAACCUGGACAGGUACUUGAAUUACUUUGCCACCAAAUCAAGUCCAACUGGUGUCAUCCUGGAUCUCUGGGAAGCACAGAACUUCCCAGAUGGAAACCUGAGCGUGCUGGCAGCUGUCUUAGAGGAAAUGGGAAGACAUGAAACAGUAGUGUCACUAGCAGAAGGGCAGUACUGA